UUUUCUUUUGCAAAGGGGAAUACCACCUUUCAAAGUACCUGAAGCCCUCUGAGGGAGUGAAUAUCCGUUCCCAAUCGGAAUGACAGUUUCGUGCCAGACAGAAGCCAGCAGCAGAGCAUAAAGGAGGGUCAUGUCAUGGACUAAUAUGUGGGUAGAAGAUGGGAGGAAUCAGAUCACACUCGAUAUUCACAACUAGAAGGAAAAGCAAGACUCUCCUGACUCUCUGAACUUCAAGGAUAUCCUUAUGUUGUAUUGGAUGAGUUUGAACUAAACAAGACUUCUUUCUAGAACACUUCAAGAAAGUGAGCGUGCCUGAGGGGAGAGGAACACAAGAGAGGAGAGACAAUUGAGCAUCACCAUUGGCCGAGACCUGAAAAAAAUGGUGCUGGAUGAACACAGGAUUAGAACUUAAUUGUAAAAGGGAAGGGAAGUCUGGACAGGCGAUUUGCUUCAUUUUCACAUUCAUCAUGGCACAGAUCCUCUGGCUGGCUGGUUGAUGGGACUGUCCAACACUUCUGCUUAGGUUCAGUGCAGAUCCCUUCUGCUUACACAUCGAAAGACUUGGGAACAGGUGGGAACUGGAUGGUGCCAAAUACAGGAAUGGAAAGAGAAAUGGACUCUGAUGAGCUAAGAUGGAAGUGACUUGACAGCAGCAAGCUCAGCAGUUGUCUCCAGUAAGGACAGGUUGAGACGGGAAUCUCAAGCUUCUCUGGAAGAGCAGUAUGCAGGAAGCUGGUUUUCAGGCCACAAAUGCUUUCACAGAGUGCAAAUUCACCUGCGCCAGUGGUAAAUGCUUGUAUCUUGGUUCACUGAUUUGUAACCAACAGAAUGACUGUGGAGAUAACAGUGAUGAAGAGAACUGCCUGCUUGUAACAGAGCAUCCACCUCCAGGCAUCUUCAGCUCUGAACUGGAGUUUGUUCAAAUCAUCAUUAUAAUCGUGGUUAUAACUGUUAUGGUGGUAGUGAUCAUCUGCUUGUUGAACCAUUACAAACUCUCGACACGCUCCUUUAUCAACCGACAGAGCCAAAGCAGAAGACAGGAGGAAACUCUGCAGACGAUCAUGUACGCCCCAAGGUCCAGGGACAGGUUUACCACCCCAUCCUUUAUGCAGCGGGACCGUUUCAGUCGCUUCCAGCCCACUUACCCUUACAUGCAGCAUGAGAUCGACCUUCCUCCGACCAUCUCCCUCUCCGACGGCGAGGAGCCACCGCCGUACCAGGGCCCGUGCACCCUGCAGCUCCGGGACCCCGAGCAGCAGAUGGAGCUCAACCGGGAAUCCGUCAGGGCGCCGCCCAACCGAACCAUUUUUGAUAGCGACUUGAUAGACAUCUCGAUGUACAAUGGGGGCCCCUGCCCACCCAGCAGCAAUUCGGGCAUAAGUGCAACCAACUAUAGCAGUAAUGGAAGGAUGGAAGGACCGCCCCCGACGUACAGCGAGGUCAUGGGGCACUACCCAGGCUCCUCUUUUUUCCACCACCAGCACAGCAACAUGCCUCCUUCCUCGCAGAGGGGGAGCAGACUUCACUUUCAGCAGAACAAUUCAGAGAGCACAAUAGUUCCCAGCAAAGGCCAGGACCGCAAACCGGGAAACCUGGUCUAAGUUACCCGCCCAGGUGCGUUUGGACUGAAGACGGGAGAUGCAAGCAGGGCGGCGGAGGAAGACCCCCGUGCUCCGGUGCACAGUGUUGUUACGUUUAACGUGGUACAACUGAGUAAAACCAAACGUGCAAACCAGUUCUUUGUUUCUGAUUCCUUUCAGGGGAAUUGCAUGCAAAGCAGAUUGAAAGAAAUACAAACUUCCAUUCGGUUUGUCUAUGAGCAGUGUUUCAGGGGAGAUGGGGGGGGAUAUAUUAUUUUUUUUUUAAUAAACUAUUUCAAUUAUUUAAUUCUAAAAGUUAACUUAGCACAGAAAUGAGGCUUGUACAGCCUGUUUUAUACUCACUGAAUGGCAGAAGGAAGAAGGUGGUUUUGCUAGAUAAAUGGGGGAAGAAUUGGCCAGUUUGCUUUUUUUUUUCUCCCAGGGUGUGAAUUUUUUUUUAAUAUGAAACAAAAUUCCUGUUCUGUGUGCCAAGGUAUAAAGUUGAGAACUUAGAUGAAUGCAAGGAAUUGAUUUGUGUUGUGAUAAAUGUGUUUUAAAAAGUUGCACUAUCUUACUGUUUUAAAAAAAAAUAUAUAUAUGAGGGAACUGUUUUAUGUGAAGUUCUUCUAUAUGUUGUCGUUUCACCUGUGGAAUAAUGAUAGAGCCCUAGGAGUAAUCUGGAGGAGUUUGCCCCCUCCCCCUGGGUUUGCUAGAAGAUGGGCACAGGACUUAGCCUAACAUCUCUUGACUUUCACAGUUUAAAAAAUACAGGGACGCUUGUCUUUGCAAUAAUUUGCAUUUGAAUAACAGUGUAUCAGUGAAGUGUCUUGGAGACUUUUGGAUGGAAGAAGGCAAAUAUGGAGUCCCAGCAUUUUCCAUCACUUAAGGUUUAGCUAUUUUACAGUGUAGACUAUUUCUUUCAUAAAUGGCAAAAACUACAAUUCCCAGAUGUGUUGAUUUGUCUUGAUUUUAAGUGCUGCCAUUCUUUUCCUUUCCAUAAUGCAGUAUCACCAGUACUUAACGUUCUAGAAAUUUUUGUCCUCACUGUAGCCUGAAAUGUAUUUAGUCACAUAUCAUGACAUUAUGCAAUAAAUGGUUUGAAAAUGCAGGGCGGGAUUUUUUUUCCCCUGCACCGCUGUUCAAGUACGUGA